CCGAAACUAAGGUACGACGAUACCGGCGACGUUCUUCCGUCAUACUAUCUCCCUCGCCCUUCCUCGCUUCCCCCUCCAUCUCCUUCCCUUCGCAACGCCGACAUGGCCAAGGACCCCUUUGCCGACCUUCAACCUCCCUACCCUGGAUGUUUGUCUGGUAAUUAAUUCUUUUCCCUUUUCCACAUUCUACGGAUUCAUCUGUUUCCAUCACUUACUUCCCUCUGUCGCCCUUGGCCCCUAGAACGUCUUAUUUCUAACUUUCAAUUCACUUCUUCGCACGCCAAAAAAAGACCAUCACCACUUCCCCCCACCUCCCAUGCCGGGCCUCAUACCCUUCGCACCUACGCCUCCUCUGUCGCAGUCGACACAUACCAGCGCCUCUUCCGUCCCAGCACGAUCGACCAAUACUUUCUUCGGUACAGACCGGGGUGCUGCACGAGGCAGCAGCAGUCAGGCACCCAUCGACCUCGACGACGAUUCCGAGCCCACCGCUCCACUGCCUCGCAACGCCACCUACACACACCUACAUCAGCACCAUCAACACCACUUGGAAAACUUUUGGGGCGUUUUGACACCCGGCAACACGCAAAACCCACAAUCACUCCCGUCCUUCUCGGACUUUGCCGCCAACCUGGAUUUCCAACCUUUGGGAGUGACUGCGCUAUUGCAUAACAGCGCCGCCCCGCAGACACCGGGCCACGAACCGAACAGCGACGAAUACCUCUCCGCACUCGUUGAAGGGAACUUCUCACCGUCCUCAUACACCCGACACACGCAGGCCUCGCCGAGCACUCAACAACAACGACAACAACCACGACGACCGAGCCUGGCUCAGAGUUCUCAGAACGCACCCCAUCGCCACGCCUCUGACACCCCGCUGCGACCGGACCGCUUGGCCAGGGACGCCAGCCAGAAUACAAACACUGUGGUAACAGCAGCACGACAACCAACGUCCCGUCCCGCAUACCACGACAACCAGGUGGAAGAGUCGCUCUUUGUAAGCUCCGACGACGAACCUCAAGUCACGAUGCCUGUCCAGACGCGCCGGAGGGCCUCCACCAUCCUCAGCUCCGAUCACGACCCCGAGUCAGACGAGAUUGCGGCCUCCGCCACGCGAAAGAGGCCCGCCCCUUCUUCUGCCCCUGCCAGAGAAACCACCGCUCCCAAACGGCGACGUACAUCACAGCCCCAAGCGACACGCACACAGACAACGACGCCCGGUGUACUGGGUCCCGACGACGACAUUUUUGGCGAAGACAAGGUUCCAUCAAAGAAGGGCAAGGAAAGGGACGAAGACGUCAUUGAUCUUGCCGACGCAAACGAAGUGCCAGAGGACUUGAAGGCGCCUAAGGAGGACAAGAGAAUCAAGAUUUCGGCCUUUCAGUGUGUCAUCUGCAUGGACGAUGUCACUGCGCUAACGGUAACCCAUUGUGGCCACCUCUUCUGUUCCGAGUGCCUCCACUCGGCGCUCAAUGUCGACGCGACCAAAAACAAGUGCCCCAUUUGCAGGCAGAAGGUUGAAACCAAGGACAAGAGCGACUAUACAGCCAAGACCAAGGGUUUCUGGCCCCUGGAGCUCAAGCUGAUGACGGCUAGCCGCAAAGGGAAGCAGCGGGCAUGAACCACGCAACCACUCUCACGAGACACGGAUCAAGGACCUGGGCUCAAAACCAUCACGGACUACAUGUUACU